AGAAAGGCGCGUCAGCGAGUGGUAGCGAAGCGGGAAGACGAAAAUAACGCAGACGCCUUCCAAUGCGUUUUUCUGCCUUGUCUUUAUUUUUUGUUGUUGCGUUAGUGGUUUAGUUUUCCAUAUACAAUGUAUCCUCAUCUUCCGAGUGUCGCGUUACUUUAGCACCGUUUCUCUCUUUCACUUUGUGCGUGCGUAAAUGUUUUUUUUUAAUGUUAUUUUUAUUGUGAUUGUUUCGAACCGUUUGUUUUGAUAUUUGUGAAAUUUUUGUUGAUAUUUAAAACAAAUCAAAAGUGUGUGUGUAUUUCGUACAAGAAGUCAUUAUAUGCUGUGUUGCAUGCAACAAAACGCAGCGAAUGUGAUGCGAAGCCGCGAUAAAACAAACAGCAAACAACAACAACUGGCGACAACGACGCGUGAAAAAACUGUAAAGCAGAAAACAUAAUAUAAAACGUUCGCUCGCAAACGCGGAAAUGCACUUGAGCGCAUAAUUUUUAUAAGCCAAGCGACACAAGCAUCAGCAACAACAACGACAACAACAAACGAAACCGAGCAAAAAAGCAUAAAGAAAUACAGCAAAAACAAAAAAGAAAAAAUUGCUUGUCAGCAAAUUGCAGCAGCAGCAGCCAAAGAAGCCACAACAAACGGACAAGCAUACAGAAACAGAAAAACACUCUCUCACACAGAGAGACACACUCACAUAGAAAUACCUGCACACUGCGCUCUCUUCAUCCAGUCGUGCGCGCGCGUGCGUGCCUGUGUGUGUGUGAGAGAGAGCGAUGUUGUGCGCGGCGCCUGAGCGCAGCAGCAGCAGGAAUAACAAUUAAAACAAACGCGCAAAAUGUUGCAGGCGCAUAGCGACGCCAGCAGCACAACAACAACGACUAGAAACAGCGCCGAGAGCAGCGACAGUGGUGCCGCAGCGACGCCAACGCAGGAGGAGAAGACACAGCGACGCCGCUCCACCUUCUACGUGCCGCUGGUCAUCGAGGACGACAACAACGUCGUGCAGCAGCAGCAGCAGCGCUAUUUAGCGCCACACGGCGGCAGCAGCUCCAGUUUGAGCAGCAACAGCUGGAGAAAGGGCAACACAGUUAAAACGGUUGAGCGCAAAUCUAACGGCAGCAGCAGCAGCAGCAGCGUGAGCAAAAUGUCGCCGCCCUGCGGCUUCAAUUGGAGCAUUAGCGGCAGCGACGUUGCUGCGCAGUACUCGGACUCUGAUGAUGAGGAUCAGCUGCAGCAGCAACGCCAGCGCCAGCAAUUGCUUAAGGCUGCGACAGCGGCUACGUCGACGUCAACGUCGACAUCGACGUCCACGCCAGCGUCGAAGCUCAAGCGCUAUGGCAUUGUGCUCAAUGUGAUCAGCCUCAAUGGCAGCGGCAGCGGCGCUGACGAUAGCAGCGGCAUUGUCGUUGAGCCUUUUCCUAAUAUGCCGCCAGAUGGCGCCAGGUGUGCGCCACGCACACACUUCAAUGAAGAUAACGACAUUGUGAUGGCAACGCCGCCCAAACAGCAGGCGCUCUCGCUCUCACCCGCACACUCGCGUCAAUCGUCAGCUGCCGUCGACGAUGACGCCUCCGUCGCCGCCGCCGCCGCCGUUGACGACGAUGACUCAGAGAUAAGCCGCAUGCAGACAAACACCUCAACGCCCAUUAAGCUAAUGAAGUCGCGUUCGCGCACAAACAUUUUGGCUGUGCCGCUGCCCAGUGUGGAGCGCGGUCUGGCAACGACGUCAGCAGCGGCAGCAGCAGCAGCAACAACAACAACAAAAACAACAACAACGCUGAUCACGUUACGUGCUAAGGCGAAAACGCUGCCGCAGAACUUAUCGCCGUCAGUUGCACUGCGCGAGGCGGCCGCGCUGGACGAUACGGCGCACUAUUACAGCAGCAACAAUAACAACAACAGCAACAACAAGCAGCAGCAGCAGCUGCCGCAACGUCAGCUGUUUGGCGGCAGCAGCGCCAGCCAUUUGGACGGCAGCAACAACUGCGGCUCCGGUUCCGUUGCUGGUUCCGGCUCCGGUUCCAGUUACAAAUUGCAGAGCAGCGCCUCGGCUGCCUCCAUUCUAACGCACAGUUUUCCGCCCAAGAAUUUGUUUCUCCUGAAAUCAACGCCCAAGUUAACUGCGGAUGCCACGCCCCCGCAUCCGCCCCCAGCAGCGGCCAUCACAUCGCCGCCAAAGAAAUCGCUGAGCUUUAUUCGCCGCGCGCACUCCACGAAAUUGUCGCGCAGCAAUUCGCUGCUGAAAACGAUCGGCGGAGGGGGUGCCGCUGGAGCAGGCGGAGGCGCAGCAGCGGCGCAUCAGUCGCUGGUAAUGCUGCCGCACGGCGGCAUGCCGUCGGGCACAGCGCUGUCGGCGUCGAGCAGCUGCGCCAGCGACACGACCGGCAGCUGGGGCAAGCACUUCUACGUCAGCUACGAUGUCUGCCCGCUGGGCCUGGACGAGCUGAGCGCCUACUUCCAGACCGACCACUGCGAGGAGCUCAUCUGCGAGCGCUUCAUGCUGAAGGAACUCACCUUGCACACGACCACAACAACGACUCUUGCGACUGCCGUCGGCGUCGCAGCAGCAGAGGCAGCCGACGCAGGCGCCUCCACAUCGGUGGCGGAGCAGCAAAGCAAUGCAACGGCAGCGGACGAUGAUGCGGGACAUCAUUCUGAUACUUCAUAUGAGAAGGCCUGUCGCCGCGGUUCGGCGCCCACAACGCCCAUUCUGGGCAGCAAACAGCAUCAGCCGGAGCACAAUGCCGCCUCCCGCUUUACCAAUUUCUUCUCCAAGAGAUCAAAUCCCCUCAAGCGUACAAAGUCGGUGACCAAAUUGGAGCGCACCAAGCGCGGAUCGGGUGGACUGCGCGGCUCGCGCUCCCACGAGAGUCUACUCUCCAGUCAUGCAGUCAUGUCCACGAUUGAUUUGUCAUGCACCGGCGCUGUGGGCGUUGCUCCCGUACACCAAUCGGUGCUGGGCCGCCGGCACUGCUUCCAGGUGCGCGGCGGGCCGCGUGGCGAGCGAUACUAUUCGUGCGGCUCACGCCAGGAGCGAGACCUCUGGAUCUACUCGCUGCGCAAAUCGAUAGCACCGAAUGCGGAGCACACUCGCCGCACGGACAACUCGCUGAAGCUCUGGGUGUAUGAGGCAAAGAACUUGCCCGCCAAAAAGAAAUACUUCUGCGAGCUGCAGCUGGACAAGACGCUGUACGGCCGGACGAGCGUCAAGCUGCAAACGGAUCUGUUGUUCUGGGGCGAAUACUUUGAUUUUCCCGACAUACCCGAGAUCAAUGUGAUCACCGUCAAUGUUUUUCGUGAGGUCGACAAGAAGAAGAAGCGCGACAAAUAUCAGUUUGUCGGCUCCGUGAAAAUACCCGUGCACGAGGUGACCUCGCGUCUGAUCUGCGAGGACUGGUAUCCCAUACUGAGCGACAAGGCCGGCGACAGUCUCGGCCGCACCGGGCUGGGCAAGGAUAAGGAGCGCGAGCUGCUGCCAACGUUGCGGAUCAAGUGCCGAUUCCAGAGCACCGACAUUCUGCCCAUCAACAUCUAUGGCAAUUUUCUGGCCUACCUCAAGGAGAACUACAAGCGCGUCUGCGAAACGCUCGAGCCGGUGAUCGGGGUCAAGGCCAAGGAGGAUAUCGGCCAGGCGCUCGUCCUGCUCAUGCAUGCCCAGGGCCUGGCUGGUGCCUUUCUCACCGAUGUCGUUGCGCUCGAUCUGCUGCGCGUCGGCGAUCAGCGCUUGACCUUUCGCGGCAACUCGCUGGCCACCAAGAGCAUGGAGGCGUUUCUCAAGCUGACCGGCGAGCAGUAUCUGCAGGACACGCUCUCGGCGCCCAUUAAUGAGCUCAUACAAUCCGAGCGCGACUGCGAGGUCGAUCCGACCAAGACGAGCGGCUCCUCGGCCGGCUCGCUGCAGCGCCAGCAGGCGGCAUUGCGCGGCGCCGUUCGCAGCGCCUGGCAAUGCAUUUACGAGUCGCAUAAACACUUUCCGCCGCAGCUGCGCGCCUGCUUUGCCACGUUCCGGGAGCGCCUGCAGCAGCUGGGCCGCCAGGAUAUGGCCGAUAAUCUGAUCUCGGCGAGCAUAUUCCUGCGCUUCCUCUGCCCGGCGAUCCUGUCGCCGUCCCUGUUCAACAUUACCAGCGAGCUGCCGUCGGUGCGUGCCACACGCAACCUGACGCUGGUGGCCAAAACCCUCCAGACGCUGGCCAAUUUUACACGCUUCCAGGGCAAGGAGAACUUUAUGGAGUUCCUCAACGAUUUUCUCGAACAGGAGGCGUCGCGCAUGCAGCAAUUCCUCGAGUAUAUAUCGUCGCGUCCGGAGCACGCGACACCCGAUUCCAUACUCGACUGGGCCGGCUACAUUGACCAGGGCAAACAGCUGUCCAUAUUGCACAGCCUGCUCAGCGAGAGUCUGGCCAAGCUGCCGGAGGCGCGUCAGCACGAGCUGGAUCCGCUCCAGCAUAUACUCGACGAUAUCAGCCGGGCCAAGGAGCUGUCUGGCGGACCUGCGCUCGCCUCCGGCUACUUGCCGACGGUCAUGUCCACGCACUCCAUUGCCAGCGAGAACCAGGAGAAUCGCCAGCCCGAAGGCGGCUGCAGCAUGGCGCCCACCAGCUCCACCCACUCGCAGCAGCAGCAGCAGCAGCAACACUUGCAACAACAACAACAACAGCAACAGUUGCAGCAACAGGCGCAGCCGCAGCAUGCGGUGGUCAGCAAGCCGCUGCCCGCGGAGCGUGGCAUUAUGCGUGGCGUGCUCACGCCCAGCGCGCUGGAGAAGAACAUAUUCCGCUACAAUGAUCCCACGGUGAACGUGCGCCUCCAGCAGCAGCAACAGCAGCAGCAGCAACAACAAUUGGAUCAGCAUUCGCAGCAGCUGCUGUCGAACUCGCAGAGCUCGAUCGCAAAUGCCGGCGGCUACAUGAGCUCACCUGUGCUGCAGCACGCCCAGUCGCAGAGCUCGAUGGCAUCCUCCUCGCUGAACGGCAGCAACAGCAAUUUGUUGAUGCAGCCGCAUCCCGCCCAGCAACAGCAGCAGCAGCAGUUGGGACAUUGCCCGCCGGCGCCGCAGACGAGCGCAGCCAGCACCAUGGAGCGCAUGGAUCGGCUGGGCCAUACCUAUCAGUAUGUGGUCAAUCACAAUGGCAAUGCCGACUAUGACAGCUCCACGGGCAGCUCCCGGGCGCGCACCUUGCCGCGCAAUAACUGCAAUACAAACAGCAACAACAACAACAACAGCAAUCAGAGCGGCAGCUACGACGACAUGCCCGGCGAAUUCAUCCAAAUCUCUGGCCUGGACACCAGCAGCGCCUUUGUGCGUAAAUCCCCAACGCCGCUGCUUAAGGCGGGCGCCGCCGCAUCAUCGGGAGCUGGAGCCGGAUCAGGAGCUGGGUCACGUAGCCAGCGCAUCAAUCGUCAUAAUCUGAAUCUAAAUCUGGGCAUACCCGAUCACUCAGGCCACGGCAAUUAUGCACGUGCGCCGCUCAAUCCCAACUCGAACAUGCCCAAGAAUCUGGAGGAUCUCGACGAUCUGUUCAAGUACGCCGAGGAGCAGGAGGUCAUUGUCGAGCCGCAGCCAACUGGCAGCCAUGCCCAUGCCCACGCCAAUGCCCAUGGCCACGCCCAUGGCCAUGGCCAUGGUCAGAACAAGCAACAGCUGUCGGCCAAGAGCAGCCACUGCAGCUCCGGCUACCAGAGCAUCUCCACCAAUCCCUCGCCCGCACAGUCCUCCAGUCCCGUGGAGAACCAGCUCCAGCUUCAGCUCCAGCCGCAGCAGCAACAGCAGCAGCUGCCGCUCAAGAUGAGCGCACCGCUGGCCUUCAAGAAUCCCUCGUAUCAGCUGCAGAGCAACUGCAGCAUGCCCAAUGCGUCCGGGCGUGGCCCGGCUACGCCACAGCCGAGCGCAUUUGGCGGGCGUGUGAAGCCGCUGGGCGCUGGUCUUGUGGCGGCACGGGCCGCCUUUCUCAACAGCGGCGGCACCUUGGAUGCGGCCACCCUGACUCCGAGCUCCUCGGACGAACAGCUGUCGGCGGACAACUAUUAUAGCUAUGCCGCGGCAGCAGCUGCCGGCGCCAAUGUGGCCAGCAAACUGGAGGCGCAGCGCUCCCUCAGCGGCGGCAGCAGCUCCUCCAAUUCCAACUCCAAUUCAGGCAAGCCGCACGCCUACGGCCGGCUCAAUGGCGGCGGCCCGCUCAAGCGCGAGGAUGUCUACGGCAGCGCCAGCGGCAUAGGUGUCGCCUAUGCCAUGUCCACGCCGCAUCAUCAUCAGCAGCAGCCACAGCAGCAGCAGCAGCAGCAGCAACAGCAUCAACACCAUCAUCAUCCCCAUCCCCACCAGCAGCAGCACCAACAACAACAACAACAACAACAACAACAGCAGCACCCGCAGCAGCAGCAGGAACACAAGCAAUACGCCAGCAGCGGCGGCGCCAGCAGCGCAGCCACCUCCUCGACGGCGGUGGCCCAGCGACGCCUCAGCCUGGACUCGGCGCGAACGCUCUCCGACAGCAGCACCGACACGGAGGGUCACUGCGCACAGCUGCAGGAGGGCAAACGACGUCGCCAGCUGCGCAGCAGCAAUAACAGCGGCGGCGCUGGCGGCGGCUCGGAAUCGUCGGGCCUGUGCAAGGGCUACGAUCAGAAUGGCGAAAUCCAGCUGCUGCAGGAGACGCUCGACACGCUGCGCCACACUCUGGACCGUGACGAGGCCGAGCUGCGCGAUUCCAGCGAUGAGCUGUUCGCGCUGCAGCGACCAGGCUGCGCCGGCGGCGGCAGCGGCGGCAAUGGCGUCAACAAUCUGAGCCAGCAGUCGGAGUCGACCAUGCGCAGCAUUAUUGACAGGCAAAACCUUUGCAGGCUCAUCACCAUGGAGGAGGAGCUGCGCCGCGAGCAGCUAAAAAUGUCGCUGGCGCUCUCCCACAAGCAGCGCGUCAUCGAGGAGCAGGGCCAGCAGAUCGCGGCGCUAGACGCCGCCAACAGUCGGCUGCUGAGCGCGCUGACAGCGCUGCGUCAGCGCUACGAGACGCAGCAGCAGCAACAGCAGCAGCAUCAGCAGCAGCAGCAGCAAGCACCAAAGAACCAGAAGCCACAGUGAGCGGUUGGAGCGGAGCCGGCGGAAGCAGGCGCGAUAGAAGCGGCAUGCGGUCAGGGUUGAGGUUGCAUGUAGAUUAGCUACAGCCUGCACCCAGGACAUACACACACACACACACACACACAAGUUGAAGCUGCCGCCGUUGUCGUCGUGUAUUUUUUUUUUUCGUCAGAUUAAGAUACAUUUUUGUUUAAAAACCUUUUUUUUUGCGCCAAUUUUUUUUAUUGCUAUGCUAUAUAAAUUAUACUACAUGUUUAAUAUAAUACAUACAUAUAUAUAUAUAUAUAUAUAUAUGUAUAUGCAUAUAUAUAUACACAUAAAUAAUACAUACAUAUUAUACAUAAUUUCUCAAGCUAUGUUUAAACAAAAUGAUGUAAAACAAAAACGCAACUGUUGCUGCAGCAGCGGCAACGGCAGAAGAUUGUAAAAGUUAAAAUAAAAACAAAUAAAAGAAGCAGAGAACAGGACGAAGAAGAGUGCAGAACAAGUUAAGUUAAUGAAUAAAAUUAUAACCAAAGUUAGACAAA